AGCGCAGACUCGCACUUCGGCAUUGGUGUUGGGAACAUCGCGGGCGCGGCGCCGUUACUCGCAUUUGGACGGCGGCGGUGGCAGCGGCAGCGGCAGCGGCACAUCGCGCAGCGCACACCGCGCCUUAGCAGCAGCAGCAGCAGCCACAGCCGCAGCGGAGGCACCUCCGCCGUUACAGCCCCUGCGCUGGUGCAGCCACCUUCGAUCCCUCUGCUCUUCCACCCUCCGUUCGCACCAUGGCUGAUCAGCUGACCGAAGAACAGAUUGCUGAAUUCAAGGAAGCUUUCUCUCUAUUUGACAAAGAUGGUGAUGGCACCAUCACAACAAAGGAACUUGGAACUGUCAUGAGGUCACUGGGUCAGAACCCAACAGAAGCCGAAUUGCAGGAUAUGAUCAAUGAGGUGGAUGCUGACGGCAAUGGCACCAUUGACUUCCCAGAAUUUUUGACUAUGAUGGCUAGAAAAAUGAAAGAUACAGACAGUGAAGAAGAGAUCCGCGAGGCAUUCCGAGUCUUUGACAAGGAUGGCAAUGGGUACAUCAGUGCGGCAGAGCUACGUCACGUCAUGACAAACUUAGGAGAGAAGCUAACAGAUGAAGAAGUAGAUGAAAUGAUCAGAGAAGCAGAUAUUGAUGGAGAUGGACAAGUCAACUAUGAAGAAUUCGUACAGAUGAUGACUGCAAAAUGAAGACCUACUUUCAACUCCUUUCCCCCCCUCUAGAAGAAUCAAAUUGAAUCUUUUACUUACCUCUUGCAAAAAAAAAAAAAAAUCAUUUACUCAUUCUGUUUCUAUAUAGCAAAACUGAAUGUCAAAAGUACCUUCUGUCCACACACACAAAACAAUCUGCAUGUAUUGGUUGGUGGUCCUGUCCCCUAAAGAUCAAGCUACACCUCAGUUUUACAGUAUAUAAAUACUUGUACUACCUUAACGAUAAGGAAGCACUUAGUGGACUCCUCGCAGUUCCAUUUGCUAAUGAUUAUUAAUACACUGUUUGGGCUGGCCAGUUUUUCAUGCAUGCAGCUUGACAAUUGAGCACAGUCAGGCAUUUGUAUUAAAAACGAAAAAUGAAAAAACAAAUUCAAAACCACGUCAAAUGGGUUCUAGUUCAGUUUGUUAGUAUAAAUUGUCAUCGCUGGUUUACUGAAAGCAAACACAUUUAAAAUUGGUUUACCUCAGGAUGUGUGUAGAAAAAUGGGUGAAGGAUAAACUGUCUAGACGUAGUCCCACUAGCAGGUUGGUCCUCUUGUACUUCCAUGUGCCCUGACCCUUGGUGAUGGUGACACACCCUGGUGGCAUGCCCACGUGUGUUGGUUUAGCGUUGUCUGCAUUGUACUAGAGCGAAAUGGGUGUCAGGCUGUCACCGUUCACACAAAUUUUUAAAAAGAAACUUUUACCAAGGGAGCAUCUUUGGACUCUCUGUUUUUAAAACCUUCCGAACCAUGACUUGGAGCCGGCAGAGGUAGGCUGUGGCUGUGGACUUCAGCACAACCAUCAACAUUGCUGUUCAAGAAAUCACGAUUUACGUCCAUUCCAAGUUGUAAAUGCUAGUCUUUUUAUUUUAUUUUUUUUCCAAUAAAAAGACCAUUAACUUAAAGUGGUGUUAAAUGCUUUGUAAAGCUGAGAUCUAUACGGGGACAAGGCAGUCGGAGGGGAGGCCAGUGUACCUUUAAAUGCCCCCCAGCCCAGCCUUGGGGUUCCCUACCUUCCGGCAUUCAAGCACCAACCUCUGAGCCUGAGACCUUGCCUAAACCAAGCAGAUGCCGAUCGCUUCAUGUUUAUGGACGUGUAGCUCUAUUGUAUUUUCACUGGGGGGUGGGGAGGGGAGACUGAAUCUUGGUAACUUAAUGAUUAUCUGGGCAGAGCUCUUAAGGAAAAAAAUCCACUUUCUCUCAAGCAUGUAUUUAGGGGUUCUUCUCAGUUGUGCUGCUGAUUACCUGUUUUAUGUAACUACUUGAGACCAUCUGUGCAGGAGACAUAAUUUAGUGUGUCUGUAAUUCAGUCUUUGCUGUGUGUGGUAGAAGCAGUAGUCACUUUUCUAAGCCAGUCUUUAUGCCUAAAAGACUACCAGUCAUUAUUUGAUUCACAAUUUUUAAUUUAUGAUUACCUUAGCCUCCUUUUACUUUUUAAGUUGAAUUGACUUUGCUCUUUUUCCCCUAAGAACUAAUGGUAGCCCUUAGCUUGAAAGUCAAAUUCUAACCAAGAGGGCAUUUCAUAUCUAAUUAUAAAACUGUAACCAAAACUAAGAGACCCUGGUACUGGUUUUUGCAGUGGGGUUGGGCUGCUUUGAAAAAGCCCCCUUAAAAGGCUUACUGCAUUUAGUGCAGAACUUCUUUUGAAAUGAAGGCUAGAUGUGCAUUUUUCAGAGUGUUAACUGGUUGUAUCUUAUUAGCAAGAUUUGGGUUUGAAGUGUGUGUGUGGGAGGUUUUAAUUUGCCAGGGAACAGUGGCAGGCUGCUAGCGAGGCAGUGAGAAGCCCUUGGCAGCCAAAUGGGUGCAUUCAGGGCUGAUUUAUAGAGACCCUUGGCUUCUCCCUCUCCUACUCCCCGUCUUUCUGGCAUUUUGCAGCUUGUUAGAUUUCCUGCCAGAGGGGUGGGUCAGAGCAGUGGAGAGGAGCCCCCCACCCAUCUUCCUCUGCUGCUGGUGCUUACACUCAGUGGUUGGUAGAGGAGAGGUCGACGUCGUGAGCGAGGGUUGGCUUUCACAAUUCCCUGAAUCUGGAAGGAACACCUAAGAAUACCUUAGGGGUUCUGGUGAGAUUGGACUGAGGGCUCCUGGUUCAAAUUAAUUAGCGACCUGGAUGUUUCUUGCAGGGAGGUCCGGUAGCCUGGCUGUCAACCCAGUCUCAGGCCUAUGGUAGAUGACCUCUUGGUUGUUUCACAGAGGGUUGAGGGUGAUCUGACUUGUUUUUGAAAAUUUUGCCUUCUUUCUUACCUUUUCAACCAAGUCUUGUUCUAGAAGCUGGGUGGACUCCAUUUUAGUGGUCCCACAGUCUUUCUCAGAAGACUACCUUUAGAAUCAGAUUCUUCUAUGGUCAGGAUGCUGUAUAGGAACCAGAAACCUUUUCCCCGGUGUCUGCGGAGAUUUAACCAGGGAUGCCGAGUUCUACUUUGGCGCAGAGGUGCAGCCCAGUCUGCUGUAGCCCUUCUGGCAUUUGAGGGGACGGCGAGCCCAGGGGUUAGGUGUUUGCAGUCUGCGUGUGAAUUUGUGAGUAAAUAGCUGGGUGUUGUGGCAGUACUCUCAAGUUGGUUAGCAUCUUCUUGUAAACUCUUGCCCCUAGUUCUAACUGCUCUAUAAAUAUACAUAUAUACUUAUAUAUAUAUAUACAUACAUAUUUAUAUAUAUAUAUAAAGUGACUAGUUUAACUGGCAUCCCGCUUGAGCCUGAGACUUGCCAUAAAAAACUGCUGAGUACUUGGCAAACACUUUCAUAAUUUUGUUCUCCAUCUGUUUGGGGUAGGUGUUGAGCAAGGCAAAUGUAUCUUGUUUCAGAUGGGCUUUUAAGGCAUGGUUGCCGAGGAGGGCUUUUUCUGAUUUUUGACAAAUGAAUUUUUGCACACUUUAAUUGGUGUCUUUCGGCAACUUAAACACAUUGAAAAUUAGCUACUGUACAUAUUUUUAUAUUCUCUUUAUAAAUGCAUGUCUGACUGUACUUGUAACCAUAUUGUAAUGAGUUGGCUGUCCAGUAGGCCUAGCACUGCUAUGGCCUGUCAGAGUAGCAGCAUAUUAUUCGCCCCUCAGCAUACUGGGAACUUUUUCCUAAACGAAGAAUGUAAAUUUGGUCAAUCUGCUCUUUGUUCAUUCAAUUAUUUCAAACAUUUGAAUUAAUUAUUGUAUAUCCUAAAUAAUCCUUUUACUGUAUAUUCUAAAUUUAUCCUUUUGGCAGUGACUAGAUUCCACGAAUGUGUCUUAAUCUAUCCCUUCCGCUGGCAGUUAACUAUUCUUUUUUUUAAUCCCUUAAAGUUGUUCUAUAGGAGACAGAAAUUCUUUGCUGUCUGUAUCCCUUGGAGUACGAAGGUAGUGGCAUGGGUGGAGUGUGUGGACUUUCUCCAGCUCUAUUAUAAUGUUCAUUAAACAUGUCUGUAGCAAAGAUGGUGGCGAUCUGUAAAGGAGAUGGACUUGAACGUUUCUGUAAAUCUUGAGAUAAACUGGAGAUUUAACCACCUCUCUGAUGGGGGACCAACUCUUAUGGAAACUGUAAAUAAGUUUUAUUUAUAAAUCUGGCACUGUAUUCAAUAAACAUUUCUGCAGCCUUUCAUCUCUAA